AUGUCAUCUGCAACAUUAGCUCUACUUUUCAUACUUACCAUUUCUUCUUGGUCAAGUGCUCAACACGCUGCCUGUCCACCCCACACUCCAUCAUUUCAACCUUUCUGCAAUGGUGUACUGUCUUUAGGAAGUGGACAAUCGUGUUGUGGCACGAAAGCCUACAAUCCAUCGUUCUACACUUGCUGCAAUGGUGCACUGGCUUUAGGAAGUAGACAAUGGUGUUGUGGCACGAAAGCCUACAAUCCAUCGUUCUACACUUGCUGCAAUGGUGCACUGGCUUUAGGAAGUAGACAAUGGUGUUGCGGCACAAAAGCCUACAAUCCAUCGUUCUACACUUGCUGCAAUGGUGUACUGUCUUUAGGAAGUAGACAAUGGUGUUGUGGCAAGAAAGCCUACAAUCCAUCGUUCUACAGUUGUUGUAAUGGUGUAGUUAAACUCGGAAGAGGUAUUGCAUGUGGAAAAUAG